AUGGAAUAUCAUUGCCGAUUCUUUGACUUUUCGGUUCCUAAUACAAUAUUGGAUCGGACUAAAAUCCCAAUAGCUACCAAAUGUCUAACUAUUGCGUACACUGCGUUCACUCUAACUCUAUUUGGAUUGAGAUGUUUCAUAUAUUUCAAUAGUAAGCCGGAUCAAUCCUCUGCCGUCAAGUUUAGAGACAUAAAUGUCCCUGCAUUACAGUUGGUACCAAGUCAAAUUUUAAAAUUUCCUUAUUCUAUUGUUUUGUCGAAUUUGGUGGAUACAAAUCCUUGGAGAUUCAUUGUUAAUUUGAUUAAUUUAUUAAUUGGAGGCUCCUUUAUAGAACGUAAUUGGAAUAGCUCUAAUGAAAUGAUAAAAUUUAUUUUAGGGAUUGGUUCGAUAACAAAUUUGGUUGUCUUAUUGAUAACUGUUAUUGCACAUUAUAUUAUCCCAACAUGGGUAAGUCUAGAUACCGUUCUAGAUGGGAAUUAUACAGUGUUGAUUGGGUUCUCAAUAAUAUAUAGACAAUUAUUACCGGAGACAACAAUCAUUAACAUUAAGAGCCCAUCAUUUGUUAGUAAGAAUUUUAGGUUCAAGUUGUUACCUAUCUUAGUUUUAACAUUAAUGACUUUAAGCCAAUUGUUUAUUUUCUGUCAUCUGUCCAAUUUACUUUCUAUAUGGAUUACUUUUUUCUCAUGUUGGGUAUAUUUACGAUUUUAUCAAAUUUUACCUGCAAGUACAAUAGGUGUAUCCACAGAUUAUUAUAAUUCUGUUCAAGGCGAUGCAUCUGAUACGUUCCAAUUGAUCUAUUUCUUUCCAGAUAUCAUUAAGCCGAUAUUAAGACCAAUAUUUAAUAAAACAUAUAGCAUAUUAAAUGAAAAAUUUGGAAUAAUAAAAUCAUUUGGGGAGACAGACAUAGACAAAGGUAACGAUAUUGCAGAACAAAGAGGUGCUAAGAAGGUGACAGAUGACGUUAAGGAUAGACGUAGACAAUUGGCUUUGGACGUGUUACAAGAAAGAUUAGUUUGA